AUGAGGAACAUACUGGGCAUCGCUGCAUGCUUACUUAAGCACAUGGUCUACAAGGUUGAUUUAAAGACUGUCGUAAAGUCUAGUAAAGAUAUUCGCCUUUCAGAAGCUGAACCCAUGAGAGAUGAGGAAUCUAGUCACACUCGCAUCAUAAUAGAAUUCAUUAAAGGUGUCGAACUAGAUGAAGCGUGGGAUACAUAUUCGGCCACGGAGAAGGAGUCGGUGAUCGCACAAUUACGGGUUUACAUGGAAGAGCUUAGUCAACUUAAAGGAACCUUCAUCGGAUCAAUUGACGCCUCCUGGUGCGUCGAAGAUGAUUUCAAUGCUAGCAUUGUCAAGGCCCUAAAGGAGGGCAAAACACAUGCUCACGUGGAUGUCAAGCUUACCUGCGACAUCUUUCUCGAGAUCAUGAAAGGACACAAGAUCGGCUUCACGCAUAACGACUUUGCCCCUAGAAACAUACUUAUUGGCUGGAUCCAAGAGAGGGCAUUGGAUAAGAUAUUGCAACCCCGGUUGAUAGAAUUGUCGGUUAUGUGA